UCAAGUGGGCUUUAGUUAUUAUUUAACCAUUGAUCGUUAAAGAGUUCCUUUUGAAACGGGAGUGAAAAACAAGUGAAAUAAAUCUUCGAAAAUCUAUACAGUGAUUGAGAAUUGUUGAGCAGCCAAAAUGAUGAUGCAACGUCAACAAUCGUUUGAAAAGCCUACCCGCAUUGAGGGUACACCCUACAUUGCCGAGGGUAUGGAGGGCAAGGAGGCCCACAACACAUGCCUGGUAUUCUCUACGAAAGACCAAAGCAGUGGUUCACUGGCCAAGUCCUUGAAAAUCUUCAAGAAACAUAAUGUCAACUUGGUCCAUAUUGAAUCGCGUUCCUCAUUGCGUGUUCCUGGCUAUGAAUUCUUUGUGGAAUGUGAUGGCCGUACGGGUGGUUUGGGCAGUGCCAUUGAGGAGUUGCGAGAGACCUGUUCAUAUUUCAACAUCAUUUCCAGAGAUUACAAAGACAAUCUGUCGGCUGUACCAUGGUUCCCACGCAGAAUUCGCGAUUUGGAUCGUUUUGCCAAUCAGAUUUUGAGCUAUGGUGCUGAAUUGGAUUCCGAUCAUCCGGGUUUCACCGAUCAAAAAUACCGUGAGAGAAGGAAAUAUUUUGCCGAUAUUGCCUAUAACUACAAACAUGGCCAACCUUUGCCCCAUGUCGAUUACACACCAGAGGAGGUGGAAACCUGGGGUAUUAUGUUCAGACAUUUGACAAAGCUGUAUAAAACCCAUGCCUGCAAGGAAUAUAAUCACGUUUUCCCCUUAUUGGUCGAUAAUUGCGGCUUCCGUGAGGAUAACAUUCCACAAUUGGAAGAUGUUUCCAAUUUCUUGAAAGAUUGUACCGGUUUCACCUUACGUCCCGUGGCUGGUCUUUUGUCGUCGCGUGAUUUCCUUGCUGGUCUUGCUUUCCGCGUUUUCCACUCCACUCAGUAUAUUCGUCAUCCCAGCAAACCCAUGUACACACCAGAACCAGAUGUUUGUCACGAGCUGAUGGGUCAUGUGCCACUAUUUGCCGAUCCUGAUUUUGCACAAUUCUGUCAAGAAAUUGGUCUUGCCUCCCUGGGCGCUCCCGAUGAUUACAUUGAAAAAUUGGCCACCAUCUUUUGGUUUACCGUUGAAUUUGGUCUGUGUCGUCAAGAUGGUGAACUGAAGGCGUAUGGCGCUGGUUUGCUCUCCUCCUACGGCGAAUUGCAAUACUGUUUGAGUGACAAACCUAAAUUGAAGGAUUUCGAACCUGAAAUUACCGGCACAACCAAAUAUCCCAUUACACAAUUCCAAGAAGUCUACUAUGUGGCCGAAAGUUUUGAAAAUGCCAAGGAGAAGACUAUUAAAUUUGCCAAUUCCAUUCCCCGUCCAUUUGGUGUGCGCUACAACGCCUACACCCAGAGCAUUGAAGUGUUGGAUUCCAAACAUCAAAUAUCGGAACUGAUGAACAACAUCAAUUCCGAAUUCCAAAUAUUGCAGAAUGCUGUACAAAAAUUGAAAAUCUAAUACCAAGGAAUAAAAAACAACAUUGAUGUUGUUGCAUUUUGUAGCAUUUAAAAGAUUGUUUAAUUGUUAAGCAUUUAUAAUUUGAUUUAAAUAAUAUUUACCCACAAAAAACAAUACUUAGAUUAGUUCCUUUUAUACUCUCGCACAUCUUUAUGUAGAUACUGAAAAAAAUAUAUAUAUUUAUGUUUGUAAAAAUA